AUGUUGAAGAUUGUUUUUCAUCUUUCUCCUACACCACUUCGAGUGGCGAUUCUGUAUUUUGUGGUUGUCUUGAUGGGGGAGUGGUGCCACUCAUCCCCUUUAGGAUCAGACUCAAACUCCUGUUCGACAUUGGUACAAAACCGUUUUUUUGGCUUAUUCCUGUCAUCAUCAGUAUUUCCCACUGUGCCUUGCUCUUGGACCCUGCAAAAUCCUGAACCACGGCACUACACCAUCUUCAUCAAAAUAACAAAACCUACCAAGGACUGCAUACCGUUACAGCUUCGAAUCUUCCAAUAUGACUCUUUCCUGGAGAACACCCAGUCCUACCGAGGGAUUGAUAGCCUUGAUGAUAUUGUGAGGUUUUGCGACACCUCUGCCUCACUUUCAUUCCUUGAGGCUGACAAGCAGUUUGUUCACAUAAGAAAGGGUCCUCAUCAGAGCGGUGCCACCACGACAAGUGACAGUGGUGAUUUCAAAGUAGAAUACCUGGUUGUUGGAAAACGUAACCCCAGCAUGGCAGCCUGUCAAAUGUUGUGCCAGUGGCUGGAGGACUGCCUGGCCUCCAGCACAUCGAGCAGGCCAUGCGGCAUUAUGCAGAUGCCAUGUUCAUGUCGGCAUUCACCACCAAAGUAUGCUGAGGGCAACAGCUGUUACUACAAUGGAGUUCACCUGGAUAACUGUUUACUCAAUGUAAGAGAAAUUGGAAAACACGCUCAAUUAAAUGGUAAAGCUCUGCAUAUUUCUCGCAGUCAAUCACUUCGUUCAGUGGAUAGCCACAAGCUUGAUGAUGUAGACAAGCCUCACAGUGGACAGCAAAACCCUCAGACAGUUGAAUCAACCUCAGGUGAAGAGUGGUCAGCAUGGAGUGUAUGUUCUGCAACAUGUGGGGAGGGCUGGCAGAGUCGUACCCGUUUCUGUGUCUCCUCCUCAUACAGUACCCAAUGUAGUGGGCCACUGCAAGAGCAGAGAACUUGCAACCCUGCUGUUUGUCCGGUGGCUGGUGCUUGGGAUGAAUGGUCACCAUGGAGUUUAUGUUCGUCAACAUGUGGCAGAGGUUACAGAUCCCGAACACGAACCUGCACCCCUCCACAAUUUGGAGGAGAUCCCUGUGAGGGUCCAGAGAAACAAACUAAAUUCUGUAACAUAGCUGUCUGUCCAGUGGAUGGUGUAUGGAAUGAAUGGUCAAGUUGGAGUACCUGCUCGUCUUCUUGCUCUAAUGGGACCAUGCAACGAACAAGAGAGUGUAACGGCCCCUCAUAUGGAGGUUCUGAAUGCAGAGGAGAGUGGAUUGAGACUGUUGGCUGCUUCCUUGCAGAAUGCCCUGUGGAUGGGAAGUGGCAACCAUGGUCCUUGUGGUCAGGGUGUUCGAAGACAUGUGGUGGGGGUAGCCAACAGAGAAACAGACUUUGUUAUGGGCCAUUUUUUGGUGGGGAUUCUUGCCCUGGAGAGCGAGAAGAGGUCCGACUCUGUCAUGAAAAGAGAUGCCCGGAACCCCAUGAAAUAUGCAUCGAGGACAAUUAUUCCAAUGUUGUUUGGAAGAUGACUCCUGCUGGAGAUACAGCAGCAGUACGUUGUCCUCCAAAUGCAAUGGGUUUGAUUUUGCGUCGCUGUAUCCUAGACGAGGAGGGUAUUGCAUACUGGGAGAAUCCAACAUAUAUGAGGUGCAUUUCCAAUGAUUAUCGCAGCAUACAAACUUUGACUCGAGAUCAUUUAUCUAAAGCGCAACGAGGCCUUAUGGGUGAUGGCGUCUCUGAGGUGAUGACUAAACUGAGAGUAACUUCUAGUGAUGGCACCAGCUACAGUGGGGAUUUACAGGCCAUUUUGGAUGUGCUGAAGAACAUGACUGAAAUCUUCAGGAGGGCAUACUACAGUCCAAGCAGUGCAGACAUGAGGAACUUUGUCCAGUCAGUUAGCAAUCUGUUAAUGGAUGAAAACCGAGUACGAUGGAAAGAAGCACAACUGCUGGGCCCUAACAUCACAGUGCUAUUUCACCUGAUUGAGGAAUUUGUGGAUGUCAUUGGUCAUAGAAUGAAAGACUUUCAGGACAUGUAUGAAGUGACUGAUAAUAUAGUUUUAAGCAUUCACAAGCGUCCAUUGCUGAGUAAUGCAGAUAUCACCUUCCCAAUGAAGGGCUGGAGGGGCAUGGUUGAUUGGGCCCGCCACUCAGAGGACAGAGUCAUCAUUCCAAAACGAAUCCUACUAACAGGCAAGCCAGAUUCAGGUGACUCCUCGACAUUUGUAACAGGUAUCAUUCUGUACAGAAACUUGGGAAGUGUUCUGAAAUUACAGAGAAACAGCACAGUACUCAACUCCAGGAUUGUGUCUGUCAUCAUUAAACCAUCUCCUGCAUUCCUCUCUGCACCAGUUACAGUUGAAUUCUCUCAUAUGUACAACGGCACCACGAAUCAAACAUGUAUAUCUUGGGAUGACAAUGAGAGCUCCUCUUUGCUGGGAUCCUGGUCUGCUAGAGGCUGCAAGUCCGUGCUCGUCGAUUCACUCAGAACCAAAUGCGUGUGUGAAAGACUGACCACCUUCGCCAUUUUAGCGCGACUUCAUCCUGAAAUGAAUAUGGACAAGAUUCAGCUCCCAUCCGUGACACUGAUUGUGGGUUGUGGAGUUUCCUCCCUCACAUUGUUGCUUCUCAUCAUCAUCUAUGUGUCUGUCUGGAGAUACAUUCAGUCUGAGCGAUCCGUCAUUCUCAUCAACUUCUGCCUCUCAAUCAUUUCCUCCAAUGCCCUUAUUCUCAUUGGACAGACCCAAACAAGAAAUAAGGUGUUAUGCACCACGAUAGCUGCAUUUCUUCACUUCUUUUUCCUGUCCUCAUUUUGUUGGGUCCUGACGGAAGCAUGGCAAUCAUACAUGGCAGUGACAGGUCGUCUAAGAAAUCGCAUUAUACGCAAGCGUUUCCUAUGCCUCGGCUGGGGUCUUCCUGCUCUUGUUGUUGCAAUCUCUGCGGGUUUUACCAAGGCAAAAGGCUAUGGAACAUCAAGCUACUGCUGGUUGUCUCUGGAAGGAGGUCUUCUCUAUGCAUUUGUGGGACCAGCUGCCGCUGUUGUCUUGGUUAACAUGGUUAUUGGGAUUCUCGUUUUUAACAAACUGGUGUCCAAAGACGGCAUUACUGAUAUGAAACUAAAGGAGAGGGCGGGUCAGAUGACAGUGCCGCUUUACAAUAUGACCCUCAAAUGCGCCAAGUGUGGAGUUAUCUCGUCGGCUGACGUAUCUACCACAGCUACCAGUAACGCCAUGGCAUCACUUUGGAGCUCCUGUGUGGUAUUGCCCCUUCUGGCUCUCACAUGGAUGUCAGCUGUGCUUGCCAUCACUGAUCGGCGCUCUGCACUGUUCCAGAUUCUUUUUGCGGUCUUUGAUUCCAUGGAAGGCUUUGUUAUUAUCAUGGUGCACUGCAUCCUGCGAAGAGAGGUUCAGGAGGCUGUAAAGUGCCGUGUGGUAGAUCGCCAAGAAGAUGGUAAUGGGGAUUCUGGUGGAUCUUUUCAGAAUGGUCAUGCUCAGCUUGUGACUGACUUUGAGAAGGAUGUUGAUAUGGCUUGCAGAUCAGGUACUAUGAAGCACUCCCCCGUCCAGGGAGAACAAAAGGCUUCUCCUGGGACUCUAACUAGCCAAAGGGGUUCUAACUUCAAUACAAUGCCAGCCAGUAUGGCCAAAGUCCACCUCCCGAACAAGGCGGAUUAUACCAGCCACACACUGACUUUACGGAGAGAGAAAUGCACUACUAAAGGAAUCAGUACUGAGUUGCCAGGUGCUAAAUCAAUUUACAUCUGUAACAGUGAGGUCUUUAAACAGCUCGAUGAUGAGCCACCACAAAGCAAUGCAGAAGGAGGCAGUUGUGAGGGCACUGUCAAAGCCCCAGGGCUAGUAGUUUUACCAACCAACAACAUGGGCACCUCAAGGCCAGCCAAAGACAAAGAAGAGCAACCAACCAAGUACAACAUAAAUGUUGAGCAGAUGCCUCAGACGAGGCUUGUCCACCUAGCUAAUUCUGUCAGUGGAGAGCCGUUGCUUGGAUUUGGACUGAAGAGCCUGCCUGUGGAUCAAGUCAGUGUGUCAUGCCCAGAAAGAGACUCACCUGUGCACAACCUAAAAAGCCUGUCAAGAGACUCUCAGGCAGAAAGACAAGAAUCUGGAAACUCUGCUGCUAUAACCAAGAGUGAAACCGUUGCGACACUAUCCAUCAACUCCCUGGAGAGGCGAAAAUCACGCUAUGCUGAGCUUGACUUUGAGAAGAUAAUGCACACCCGGAAACGCCACCACGACAUGUUUCAGGACCUGAACAGGAAGACUGACUGUGCAGACAUGGAUGUAGAGUCUCCACCUGUCGAUGCCAAAGCUACAAAAAGAUGGAGUGUAUCCUCUGCCAGCAGCGACAAGACCAACAUAAGUGAUAAGCAGCAGACCCCAAGUAAGAGGGCAUGGGAGGGCAAACAAAAGACCCACUCUCCACCAACCUGGGGGAAAAAAGAAAUGGCGACAUCAGUGACAUCACCUUUGGAAAUGCAGACAGUCGAGUGGGAGAAGACAAGUGCAACUAUUCCUUUGGUAGGCCAGGAUAUCAUGGACCUGCAGACGGAGGUGUGA